AUGGUCAGAAAAAUAAGAAAUGAUAAAAAAGAAUGCUCAACUCCUCAAAAACUUCGUGAGCAUCUUAAGCAAAAAAAUCCUUGCAAAGCAUUACAAGAUCAGAAAAAAAUAGCUGAUAGGGUAGAUAGUCCCAAAGGGAUCCCUCCAAUCCUAACUCCCGCUUCUUUUAUUCAAGUACCAAAUCAAACUUCUAGUGAAAUACUUAAUAAAGAUACUUCAUUCAAAAAUCCUAAAAUCGAAUGGAACUAUCAGAACAUAAAAAGAAAACUAAACACUUUUAAAAACUUACAACAGGAAAUAUGCAGUAGACUAGAGAACUUUGAUAGAAAGCGUUUUUACUUAGAAAUAGAAAAAGAGGGAGGUUUUAUAGAUAAAAAAGGAAUCGUAGCUGAAAUUCGUAAAGAAAUAUUUCCAGAAAGUGAAAAUGAUGCUUAUACUCAAGCUCCAACUCCUAAAGUUAAUGAUCAAAAGAGAAAUGAAAAAAAUAGAUAUUUAAUUAGUCAGAAAGAAGCUGAAAAUUGGGUUAAUUCAAAUGCUCAAAAGCCUGGAGAUUGUGACAGACCAGAAGACUUAAAUCAAUGUAUGCUUCUCUGCCAUGAUCUUGAGCAGUAUGAUCCAGAAGCAGUUAGACCACCGACAAAAGAGGAAUUAGAAAAUAGUCCAGGAUCUAGAACACAAGCUAUUAGAAAAAGUAAUAAAUCUAAGAGAGAAAUCAAGGAGGGACAAGAAAAACCGGAGAAGGAUUUAGAAUUUAGAGAGCAAGAAAUAGGAACAGCAGUUAAAAGAAGAGCCAUAGCUGUACAUCGUGCAAAAGUUCCCAAAUCUCAUCCAGAUAAUGGAAGUGAUAUACGAAAAAU